AUGGGAAAGUUAUUACAAUUUGCAUUACAUCCUUUGGAAUUCAAAGCUGCACUUCAAUUGAAAUUCUUUAGACAAAAUCCAAAUUCAAGAUCUCCCGAAUCUGAAAACCCAGAAUUAUCAAGAUGUUGGUAUUUAUUGAAACAAACUUCUCGUUCAUUUGCUGCAGUUAUUGAAGAAUUACAUCCAGAAUUAAGAAACGCUAUAAUGUUAUUUUACUUAAUUUUGAGAGCUUUAGAUACUGUUGAAGAUGAUAUGACAAUUGAUAAAGAUAUUAAGAUCCCUUUAUUACGUGAUUUCCAUAAUAAAUUAUUGACUACUGAUUUUACAUUCAAUGGGAAUGGACCAAAUGAAAAAGAUCGUAUUGUUUUAGUUGAAUUUGAUCAAAUUUUAUUUGAAUAUUCAAAAUUGAAAAGUGAAUAUCAGGAUGUUAUUAAGGAUAUUACUAAACAAAUGGGUAAUGGUAUGGCUGAUUACAUAGAAAAUGAAGAUUUUAACAAGAAUGGUUUACAAACUAUUAAAGAUUAUGAUUUAUAUUGUUAUUAUGUUGCAGGUUUAGUUGGUGAUGGAUUAACAAGAUUAAUUGUUUUAGCCAACUUUGGUGAUUCAAAAUUAAAUAAAGAUAGACAACACUUGAUAGGUAUGGGUUUAUUUUUACAAAAAACAAAUAUCAUUAGAGAUUAUGAAGAAGAUCAAAGAGAUGGUCGUUCAUUCUGGCCAAAGGAAAUUUGGUCAAAUUAUACAAAUGAUUUAUCAAGUUUCUUAAAACCUGAAAACCAUCAACAAGGAUUAUAUUGUAUUUCAGAAUUAGUUGCAAAUGCUUUAGAACAUGUUAUUGAUGUUUUACAAUAUUUAUCAUUAUUAGAAGAACAAUCAAGUUUCAAUUUCUGUGCAAUUCCUCAAGUUAUGGCAAUUGCUACAUUGGAAUUAGUAUAUCAAAAUCCUGAAGUAUUUGUUAAAAAUGUUAAAAUCAGAAAAGGUACUACAUGUAAUUUAAUUUUGAAUUCAAGAAGAUUUAUUGAUGUUGUUGGAAUUUUCAGAACUUAUAUAAGAAAAAUUCAUCAUAAAUCUACACCAAAUGAUCCAAAUUAUUUAAGAAUAGGUACAUUAUGUGGUAAAAUUGAACAAUUUAUUGAAAGCAUGUACCCAAGUCAUAUUCCAAAAGGUGUUGUUUUGAAACAAACUGAAAUUACCAAGCAAAUCUCCAAGAGAAGUAAAUUAGAUGAGGAAAUAACUCCAGCUAUCAAAGCUGAAUAUUUCAAGACUAAUUUGGUCCUUAGUAUUAUUUUAAAUACGUAUGAAAUAAUGUAUGGAGAGAAAAAGUCAUAG